GCUGGAGAAUUGAUCUCUGACGCGCAGAGACAAAGAGCAGCAGCAGCAGGAGCUCGUGCACAACAAGCCCCGACUGAUGAAACACCAACUGAUGAAGGUCCCGUUAUUGUCCGGUGCAGUGCGCGUGCGGUGAGGGGUGCUGAGCUGUUUUAUCAUCGUGAGCGCGAUAUACCGUGUUUACCUUCAAAACUGAUGAGCAAACAGCAAACUUCAAAGUAGCCCGCUGCUCCCACGUGCCUGAGUGUGGAUGGUGAAGGCUGAAGAUGGGAAUGAGGAAGACAGGAGUGGUCCCGGGGCACGAGCUCGUGCGUGUUGUACUCGUGUGCGCGCUGUUCGGCUUCGUAAGCGCGCGGAGCUGCUCCGAGUCCCGGCGCGCGUAUGGAGAGCGGGGCUACAGCGCGAGCGCUGCUCCUCUCAACGCCAUGUCCGGUGAACACCUGCGUUUCUGUCCUCGUGAUUACACAUGCUGUACAAGUGUGAUGGAAGAAACACUGGUACGGCAGAGUGAAGCUGACUUCCUGUCUACUGUUGAGGAAACCAGUCAAUUCAUGCUGACAAGCUUCACCCACACACACCGGCGCUUUGAUGAGUUUUUCCGUGAGCUAAUUGGUGUAUCAGAGAAGUCAAUGAAUCAGAUGUUCACUAAGACAUAUGGACGCCUGUACACUCAGAACACACGCCUCUUCCAACAACUGUUCACACAGCUGAGACAAUACUAUACAGAUGGUGGUGUGUAUGUAUCAGAAGCUGUAUCAGAUUUCUGGACUGAGUUGGUGGAGCGGGUGUUCACUCUGCUGAACCCUCACUAUCACUUCAGUGUGGAUUAUCUGGAGUGUGUAAGCAAACACACACAACAUCUUCAGCCAUUCGGAGAACUGCAACGCAAACUCACCACACAGUUGUCUCGUGCAUUAAUUGCUGCAAGAGCCUUAGUGCAGGGCCUCUCUGCAGGCAGGGACAUUGUUAACAAAGCCAUUAAGUUUAGUGUAAGUGCAGAGUGUGGUAAGGCUUUGAUGCGUCAGUUGUACUGUCCUCUAUGUGGUGGGAGUCCCUCGCUCCGGUCCUGCCACCCACUAUGCCUCAACGUCAUGAAGGGCUGUCUGGCCAAUCAUGCAGAGCUUAACUCAGAGUGGAAUCGCUUCAUUGACUCUCUCCUCUCUCUGGCUGAGAGACUCAAUGGACCAUUUAAUGUGGAACUGGCUGCUGAUUCUGUAGCUGUGAAAAUCUCUGAAGCCAUCAUGCACAUGCAGGAGAACAGCAUCAGCAUCUCCACCAAGGUGUUUCAGGGUUGUGGUAAUCCCCGUCCAGCCCCAAGUAGAACCAAACGCUCACCUAGAGAACGAGAGAAAGAACGUAAGACUGACCGAGAGAGAGACAGCAGGAAGACAUUCAGGACAUUCAGUCCAGAGGAAAAGCCAACGACUGCUGCAGGAACCAAUAUGGACCGACUGGUGUUGGAUCUGCAGCAGCGUCUGAGGCCAAUGAGGGAGUUCUGGGUAAUGCUGCCCCACUCUCUCUGUAACGAAGACAAAAUGGCUGCUGAUGUGACCAAUGAGGAGCGCUGUUGGAAUGGAUACACACGUGGAAGGUAUCUGAUGAGUGUCACAGCUGAUGGUUUGGUGAAUCAGCUGAACAAUCCAGAAGUGGAUGUUGAAAGUUCUCCGGACAUCAGAACCCGUCAAAUCCUCAUGGAGCUUCGAGUGGCAAUACACCGUCUCACACUCGCACACCAAGGAGUGGACACGGACACAGUGCACAGUGAUGAUGAGGAUGGCAGUGGAUCUGGAUUGGUUGAAGGGGAGGAGCUCUACAGGAAUGAUUGGCCCAAUUCACCACGAAGCCCUGCCCACCCUUACAAACCCCGCCCUCGAGACAGGAGUAGAGUCAAUGGUUCGGUCAGAUCAGCCGUCCAGAGAGCAUCACCUCUUUCCUUCUCUCUCUGCCUCUCUCUGCUGCUCUCUCUCAUUCCCCAGUGGAGAUACUAAGUUACUGCAGUUUACAUUAAAGUUAAUCUAAAGUUAAUUUCCACAGACAGACAGAGAGUGCAGACAGACUGAGAGCCCGACAGAUGAAGAGACAGACUGAAAGUCGGAUAGAAAGGGAGAAAAACGAGAGAGAGAGAGAGAGAGAGAGAGAGAGAGAGAGACUGAAGGAUGGUGUAGCUGAUAAUCUCACACUGACUUUGUGUAUAUUUAUUGUGCGUGUGUGUGUGUGCGUGUGUGUGUAUGUAUUUUGUAUGUUAGUGAAUGCAUUGAUGAUUGUUUACACUCAAUAUGAAUAAAGUGCAUUUGAUACUGAUGUUACUUAAAGUUUUGGUGAACCAAUCCACUACCCACAAUCUUAAAGUGACAUUCACCAAUCAGUUAAAAACAUUGCUGUUACCAUGGAGUCAAAGGUAAACAGUGAUCUUCUGCUACUGUUUCAGCAGACUCAGUUCCAGAAGUUUCCAAGGGGAAACACUGCUCCAAGACUGCAACACUAUAGUGUGAAUCGUAAGGCCCUAGCUAAGUUAGCUAUCAAAUUAGUCAGGCUAAAACAACAUGUUGUAAAGGACAACAAAGAUCGACUUAUAUAAAAUAUGAUAUGCACACAAAAUAUUUAAAAUCUAUAAGCACAAAUUCACUAGGCCUAUUUCAAUUACGUCUUUUGCAAUGCUUUAUCAAUUAUAUAUAUAAAGUAAUCAUGUAUCUUUUUUUCUGUUUUUUUCCCCUUCAAGAAAAAGUUUUAUAUAAGGUGAUGAUUUAUCUGAUAGCUUGCUUGUUCGGUUUGAUGCUUUAAACAUUUAUGUAAGAAUUUUCUGGAAUGUCUUUGGAGGUUAUGAAUGGGAAGGAUACUUCUGGAACAAAGACUACUGAGAAAGUGGAAGUCACUGUUCAGCUCCAGUAAGCCUUAGUGAAUGUUAAAGCUGAAUGUUUGUUCUGCAUAACCACAUGGUAGGACUCCAUUUUAGAGUAAGGUUUAGGAUUACAGUUGAAACUAGUUUGAUCUCUGAGGUGGCUGCAGACUGUGAUCGUUUAUUUAUUUAUUUAUUUAUUUAUUUGUUAAAAUGGUGCAAAGUUCAUAUGUCUCUCAGCAGUGUUCAGGAUCAGAGCUGUACACGUUUAUACACGUUUUUAGAAAAAAACUAUCC